ACACAAUUCUUGUAUCGUUCUCCGUUCUUCAAUAACAGCUGAGUUAAGUGCACGAAUCUGAAGGUCGUGUCUACCUUACGAAGACCGAAAACGACCCAGAAACGAUUGACACUGCAAGAAAAUCAAACAAAGCGGGUAAACGAAAUAAAACGUAACAAAUAGAAGCAAUUCGUUCGGACGUCACACAUGCUCACACUCACUCACACACGGUUUCCGAUCGAAACGAACCAUCAGCAUGAUGCAUAUAACCAAGGUGUUUUCGUUCGGACAAACAACAAACGCUCCUAGAUACACACACGACGAACAUCGUCGCACCAGCGUGUUUUCCAUUAGUCUCCCUUGUUUCAUCUCCCUUUUGAAAAUAGAAGAAUAUAGAAGGAUACAAGAUGAUACCGAUCGAUGUUCAGGUUGUCGAUCAUGAAGGACACGAACUCACGAGGGACGAUAUUGCAGAAAGGGUUCAACAGUUGAGAACUUUGGUGUUAGCGGACGAGAAUUUGAAGAAAAUGCGUACGGAUGAUAGUUUUCUCCUGAGGUUUUUGCAGAGCUGCAAAUUCAUCGUGGAAUUGGCUGCAAAGAGGAUGGUUAGUUAUUAUGAAAUGAUUGACGAGUAUCCAGAUUGGUUCAAGAUCAAUUCGCCGGAGGAGAACCGCGGUUUACUGUACAGAAACAUGCGUGCGAUGCUGACGCAAAGGGACAAAGAAGGUCGCGGCAUUUACGUAGUUAAAUUAGCUAACAUUAAUCCAUCGAAAGUGACCAUGAAGGAAGUGGUUAAUGUCGACGACCUCUGGCUUGAAUCCAUCAUGGAUGAUCCGAUGACCCAGUGCAAGGGUCUGAGCGUCAUCAUCGACAUCUCUGGAUACUCACUCAAACUAUUUCAAUGGUUGACGCCGUCCAACAUAAAAUUCGGUUUAACAAAAAUGGACACGCUCCCUGUAAAAGAUAUAGUUCUUCACGUAGUCAACACCUCUUUCUUAAUGAGCGCAACGCUUAAACUGAUUUGGCCGUUGCUCAGCCAGAAAAUCAAAGAUUCCGUGAAAUUCCAUUACAACGAUUUGGAUUCGCUGCACAACUUCAUAGAUCCCGACAGUCUUCCCACUGAAUACGGUGGUAAAUUGAACGUUAAUUACGAGAAGUUGGCGGAACAGCUGAUCGCUAGGAACAACGAAAUCGUCGAGAAGAUCCAAUACUUGAACUACAUCUUCGAAAACAUGCAUAUUGAGGACAAAUUGGAGUGCAGUCAGAUCGCGAAGGUUCUGAAGCAGAUCUCUCACGGUUCCAUCGAGUAUCCUUGUUUGGACAGGGAAUGGCAGGAAAGGGCCGAAGAGGAGCUGAAGGAGACGCCUGAGAGGUACAAGCAGGAACUGGCUGCCUUGAAAGCUCUCGUCCUGAAUGAUACUAAUCUAAAUGUGCCCAAAGAAGAUGCAUUCCUCACGCGUUUCCUCAGGGCCAGGAAAUUCGACAAUAAAAAAGCAUUCAACAUGCUUCAGCGUUACUACUUGAUGAAACUGAAGUGUCCGGAGCUGUUCCAAUGCCCUCUACCAUCCGAGAUAGAAACAGUUUUCGAGCUUCAAGCCCAAACGAUGCUUUCGGACAGGGAUCAGCACGGAAGACGCAUCUACGUGAUACGAGUCGAUAAUUUCGAUUCCAGUAAGGUGACAAUUGACGACAUCUUCAGGACGAACAUCAUGGCUUUGGAGCAGAUCGUACGAGAACCAGAAACGCAAAUUUCCGGACUCGUCGUCGUCCUGGACAUGGCAGGAUUGAGUUUGAAUCACGCCAAGUUCUUCACACCUUAUUACGCGAAGAAAAUGGUGGAAUUAGUCCAAGAGACUUUUCCGCUUAGAUUCAAGGGCUUCCACGUGGUCAACGAGCCUUUCUACUUUGAUGCCAUUAUGGCCGUAUUGAAACCGUUCAUGAAGGAGAAAAUCAGGAAAAGGAUUUAUUUACACGGAAACGACUUGACUAGUUUACACGCUUUCCUUAACACUGAAAUCCUCCCGUUGGAAUACGGAGGAACGAACGGGACUUUCGACAAUCGCGCCUGGAAAAUGCAACUGCUUAAAGACGAGGACUACUUUAGAAGCCUCAAAGAGUACGGCUACAAAGUAGAAAUCGCUGAAGAAAUACAAGAAAACUGAAACGCUUGCGCUUAAUUGAAUAGAGAAGGAAAGCGCUUAUUUUAGUUUGAAUCGAUUAAUUUUUGGAGCUGGAUAGAAAACAUGGCA